UUCCAGUUUAUAGUUGAACAAUGCCAAUUCACUGUUUUUGUCUUAUCUACUUGUCUUUUUCUAUUUACAGCAGUGCUAUCCAGCAGACUGCCCUACUGAGACUGCUGACCCGGAUAAGAGGAAGAAAAUGGAUGGAUGGAGUUAUUAUUAUUAUUAUUAUUAUUAUUAUUAUUAUUAGUAGUAGUAGUAGUAGUAGUAGUAGUAGUAUUUAUCAUAUACUGUUAUUACUUUAUUAUUUAUUUAUGCAUGUUUAAUACACAAUUGUCAAAAAAAUAUGUAUACAAGUAUACUGUGUACUUGACCGCGCUAAAAACACGUUUUAUUUUGAAAGGACCGGAACUAGUGUUUGUAAUACUUUGCAUCUUUUUGACGAAGCUGCGGAAAACACCCAAGCCAAAAGAAAAACGCCGAUUUUAUGUCGAGGCCACUUUUAAUGUUCCACUUCUUUAUUCCCAGCAGACAGAGAGUGACAUUUUUUGUAAUUCCUGCCUUUGAUACAACAUUCACGGAACAACGAAGCACCAAUUCUACACACGGCCAUGUGAGGCGCAACGAUGGAAAGCCAUCUUGCAAAAAAACGUCUGGUCCAGCAGGAUGAGGAAAAGCGAGGAGGCCAUUCUGUCAUCUGGCCAGCUGCACUCGAGUUAUGGAAGGUGCCCACUCAGACCGGUUACAUCACCGUGGAGUGCCACUAUGGAAAUGAGCCAGUGACACGGUCACAUUGCUGAUGCUGAAUGUGGAAACGAGACAAUCUCUGGAUCAUGUCGCUGAAGAGGUGUGGCCAGCCUGCGGAGACGACACAGGACUGACUCCCGACGCCAACAAAUCCAAGCAGUGAGCACGGGCGCAGCAAUGUAAGCAGAUCUGCAGAAGCGAGUGUUUCCGUACACCUACGCGGAGAGACCAUGCAUCCCAGAAUUUGAUUUGCCGCCGUGACAAAACAAGCAGGUGUCAAGUUGGACAAAGAGCAGGCAGGAACCGCCGACUCUGAACGUCCAGCAUGCCUCGCAACCGAGCCUUCUCCGAGCCCGAGUACUCAGCCGAGUAUUCCGCAGACUGCUCCGUGACUCUGCCCUCUGACCCCGGUCAGGCAGUGGGACGAACGCAUGAGGUCACGGUGAGAAGCUCAGGAUGCUGCCUCUGCCUGCCCCGAUUCAUGCGCCUCACCUUUGCGCCAGAGUCACUGGAGAACCUCUACCAGACCUACUUCAGGCGCCAAAGACACGACACCUUGCUGGUUCUCGUUGUGUUUGCGGCGCUCUUCGACAGCUUCAUCAUCGUCAUGUGUGCAGUGGUCUACACCAGCGACAAACUGGCGUCCGUCUUGGUGGCGUCAGCUGGACUGCUUGCCGACGUCGUCCUCUACCUGCUGUGCCGAUUCGGGCUGCUGCCGGAUCGGAUCUCGAGGCGGGUGGUGCCCUACGCCCUGUGGGUGCUCAUAGCGGCCCAAAUAUUCUGCUACUUGGGUCUGAACUAUGCCCGCUUUCACCAGGCCAGCGACACGGUGGGCUGGCAGGCUUUCUUCAGUUUUUCCUUUUUCCUAACGCUGCCAUUGAGGCUGACUCCCAUUGUGCUCAUUGCCACUGUCACCUGCGGGGUACACACCCUGGUUCUGGGGGUCACCAUCGCCCAGCAGCAGCAGGAGAACAUCCACGGGGCAGCACUUGGAAGACAGCUCCUGGCCAACAUUGUGAUCUAUGUUUGUGCGAUCACCGUGGGCGUCAUGUCCUAUUACAUGGCCGACCGAAAGCAUCGGAAAGCCUUUCUGGAGGCAAGACAGUCCCUCGAAGUGAAACUGAACUUGGAGGAGCAGAGCCAGCAACAGGAACGCCUGCUCCUGUCCAUCCUUCCAAAGCACAUAGCUGAUGAAAUGCUGCAGGACAUGAAGAAGGAGCCCAGUCAGAAAGAGAUGCAGCAGUUUAACACCAUGUACAUGUACAGACAUGAAAAUGUCAGUAUUUUGUUUGCAGACAUCGUCGGCUUCACCCAGCUGUCAUCGUCAUGCAGUGCUCAGGAGCUGGUCAAACUACUCAAUGAACUCUUUGCUCGAUUUGACAAACUGGCCGCGAAAUAUCACCAGCUGAGGAUCAAAAUCCUGGGAGACUGUUACUAUUGCAUCUGUGGCUUGCCAGACUACAGGGAGGACCACGCCGCCUGCUCCAUCAUGAUGGGCCUCGCCAUGGUUGAGGCUAUCUCGUACGUGCGGGAGAAAACCCAAACAGAUGUGGACAUGCGAGUUGGAGUGCACAGUGGUACGGUACUGGGGGGAGUGCUGGGUCAAAAGCGCUGGCAGUACGAUGUGUGGUCCACUGAUGUCACCGUCGCCAACAAGAUGGAGGCCGGAGGGAUACCAGGUCGUGUCCACAUCUCGCAGAACACCAUGGAGUGUCUUCAUGGGGAGUUUGAAGUGGAGCCGGGGAACGGAGGGGAGCGCUGCGACUACCUGAGGGAGCGAGGAAUCGAGACCUACCUGGUGGUUGUUCCUAAAGGACCCGUGGGAAAGAAUGGCAUCAACAGCGUAAAACUCUCCGUAUCCUCGUCCAAUGGAAACUCCCCGCUGCUGAUCAAUACGAGCGACUGUAACGGCAGCGUGAACACCGCCUGCACCACGCCGGAGGAACCUGAAGAGCUGGACACAAGGGUGGUAAACCCCUCUUUCCCAAACCCUCGGCGAAGGCUGCGACUGCGGGACCUGGCUGAAAGGGUGAUCGAUGCCCAAGAGAACGAACAGGAGCUCAGCAAACUGCUCAAUGAGGCUCUGCUGGAGAGGGAGACUGUCCAAGCGCUGAAGGGGAAACACACCAACCGUCUCUCGUUGAGGUUUGUUGACCCAGACUUGGAGACCCGCUACUCGGUGGAGAAGGAGAAGCAGAGUGGUGCUGCCUUCUGCUGUUCUUGUGUGGUACUGCUCUUCACCGCUGCUAUGGAGGCCCUCAUAGACCCCAGGUUGAUUGCAAAUUACAUCACCUUUGCUGUGGGAGAAGUCCUGCUCCUGAUCCUGACAAUCUGUUCGCUGGCUGCCAUCUUCCCCAGAGUUUUUCCCAAGAAGCUUGUUGGUUUCUCAACUUGGAUUGACCACACUCGCUGGGCUCGCAACACCUGGGCCAUGGCGGCCAUCUUCAUACUUACCAUGACUGACAUUGUGGAUAUGCUGAGCUGUCUGCCUCAAAGCCCAACGUCAGUCAACGCCCCGUCCUUCUCCUCCACGUGGUCAAACCCUGAAGGCUGCCUGAACAACCCCAAAUAUUACAGCUACAUUGCUGUGCUGGCGCUGAUGGCCACCACCAUGCUGGUCCAAGUCAGCCACAUGGUUAAGCUCACGUUGAUGCUGCUCAUCACCGUGGCGACUGGCGUUGUUAAUAUAUAUAGCUGGAGGGAUGUGUUCGACCGCUACGACAUGGCACGCUUUCAGGAAUACAGGUCCUAUCUCGUGCCCUCCAAGUUCACAAUGACAGUUAUGAUCUUCAUUAUGAUGCUCAGCUUUUAUUAUUUCUCCCGACAUGUGGAGAAACUCGCUCGCACCCUGUUCCUGUGGAAGCUUGAGGUCCACGAGCAGAAGGAGAAAGUGUACGAGAUGAGGCGCUGGAAUGAGGCGCUGGUGACCAACAUGCUUCCUGAACAUGUCGCUCGACACUUCCUGGGCUCAAAGAAAAGAGACGAGGAGUUGUACAGCCAGUCAUACGAUGAGAUCGGAGUCAUGUUUGCCUCCAUCCCCAACUUCUCCGACUUCUACACAGAGGAGAGCAUCAACAACGGAGGCAUUGAAUGCUUGCGCUUCCUCAACGAGAUUAUUUCGGACUUUGACAGCCUGCUGGAUGAUCCCCAGUUUCGCUGCAUCACAAAAAUCAAGACCAUCGGAAGCACUUACAUGGCAGCAUCAGGUGUCACUUCAGAUGUCAGUAAUGGCUACACCUGCAUGAAGAAGGAGGAGCAGUCGGACAAAGAGCGCUGGCAGCACCUGGCGGACCUGGCCGACUUUGCUCUAGCCAUGAAGGUCACACUGAUGAACAUCAACUAUCAGUCAUUCAACAACUUCAUGCUUCGAAUUGGUCUCAACAAGGGAGGAGUUUUAGCAGGCGUGAUCGGAGCGCGCAAACCCCACUAUGACAUCUGGGGAAACACUGUGAAUGUGGCCAGUCGUAUGGAGUCCACGGGGGUGAUGGGAAAUAUUCAGGUGGUGGAGGAUUGCUACAACAUCCUCAAGGAAUACGGCUUCCGCUUUGUGAGGAGGGGGCCUAUCUUUGUGAAGGGCAAAGGGGAGCUGCUCACCUACUUCCUCAAGGGAAGAGACAAACAGGGUUCCUUUAUUAACGGCUCUUCUGUCACACUUCCACAUCAGGUGGUGGACAGUUAAACAGUUAAACCCCAACCCAAACGUGUUCCAAACGCCGAGAGGCUUGAGGAAAGAACUUUUGGAAUAGGAAGUCAUUUGCCUUGAAGCCAUGAAAUGCCCGAGCACCUGUCUGCAAAUGUGUGGCAUCACUUCUCCUGCAGGCAAAUGCUGACGUCUCUGUUAAAUAAACAUCCGCGUACGUCCACACUCGUUACUGCUUUAGGAACGCACGCCCUCCUUUCAGAAUGUAUUUUUCAUUCCGUCUCACGCGCGACCAGAAUCGUAAGAAGGGUUUAUCCGAAGAAUUCUGGAUUAACUUGAAAACUGAGAGUCGAGCAGCUCAUUGCGGACUGUUCAGGUUGUCCGGGGCCGGAUAGGACUGCAGCCGUCCUAUCCGGUCGUGGAGCGAGAACGGACGAGAGGCCGGACGUCGUCUAAGACAGCCUGAGCGGUCAACAAAACAAACAAAAAAAGCCCUGAGAAUACGCCGUGUGUCGUGAUGUACAUUUCCACUUCAUACAAGCGAUGGUUCAAAGUUCCAAAAAGAGUCACUGGUGGAAGAAGGCUGACGAUUUCUAACAAACAAAAGCAUGGAGUGGAAUCAAACUGUGACUUGAAUGCAUUUUACACCGAAGGGAGCACAAAUAAGGGCAUUGGCCCCCUUUUCCACUCAUUUUGGAGGGGAGUGUAUCAGCAUUUAUAAUCCAGAUAGAAAGGUAGAAGCUGAAGUGAAGCGUGCCUGAGCAGCGAGCACAUUAGAUCUCUCUGGUGGUCGUGAACGCCUCGUAAAAGACAGCUCAAACCCCGGCUGCUUUUUAGAGAGAAUCCACACAGCAGGACUAUUUUUACACUCAUUUUGUGCCUAAAAGAUUGAGAUAAAGGAUUGCAUCGCCCUACACAGUCCUUGUCCUUUUUAAGCAUCACAGUGUUGUGUUCAUUUUCGUCCAGUCUUAUUAAAUAUGGUGAUUAGUGUAAAUCGGGAUAUGAAACAGAAAUAAAAGCUAUUAUUUUGCGAUGUGCACAUUUAUUUAUUAGUGCCAAUUAGAAGCCUGACCUCCAGGUGUAACAGUACGCCAUCACCUCGCUUUUAACGUCACGCUUCGGUUCACUUUCGUUCCAGUAAGGAAAUAAACUUCCUGAAGGAGUUUUAGCGAUUGUCAAAAUUAAACAUAAACCGCAAACUGCUGGCAGGUCAUUUUCCAAUGAAUACAAAAUAAUAACGUGGGGGGGGGAGGUGUCCAGACGUUUUCCAGCGAGGGCCGCAAACAUAAGAUUGCUUUUAGUGUCUACAAAAUGUAUCAAAAUGGCCCUCGCAUUCUGUUAUUUUUAUACAUGCAUUUGUCCAGUUCGUUUGUGCUGCAUUUGUGCUGUUUUGUGCAAAUAACAUUAACAUUUGUGCUGCUUGGGUUUUUGAGUUAUUACAGAUUAUUUUAUAGGUCAAUCAAAGCUUACCCGGACCCGUUUGCUCCAAAUUAAACCAAAAUGCUCGAGUUUGUUUGUGCUAUUUUGUGCAAUUAAAAUGACGGUUUGCGCGGUCGUACUGUUUGAGUUGUCAAAGAUUUAGCAUCGGGCUAUUGCUUAAUCAUUCCCCCGACAUGCUCAGAAUGAAACCAAAAGAGUCAUUUUUUCCCUCUUCAUUUGUGCUGUUUUGUGCAAUAAAAAUAUUGAUUGUGCUGUUAGUUUUUUAGUUAUUAAACUUAUUACAAAGACCAACCUAAAGUACACCCAGCCUCUCACUUUCUCCAAAUUAAACCAAAAUAGUCCCAUUUGUUAGUGCUGCUUUCAUUUGCGCUGUUUUGUGCAUAUAACAUGAACAUUAGUACUGUUUUCGUUUUUGAGUUAUUAUUAGUUUGAGUUAUUGAGUUAUAUAAGUUCACCCAGCCCCCCAUUUGCUCCAACUAAACCAAAAUAGUCCAAUUUGUUUGUGCUAUGUUUGUGCUGUUUUGUGCAAUUAAAAUGCCCGUUUGUGCAGUCGUACUGUUUGAGUUAUCAAAGAUUUAAGCUAUUGCUUAAUCAGCCCCCGGACAUGCUCAGAAUGAAACCAAAAUAGUCAUUUUUCGCCUCUUUAUUUGUGCUGUUUUGUGCAAUAAAAAUAUUGAUUGUGCUGCUUGUUUUAUAGUUAAUAUUAUAAUAAUAUUAAUUAUAUAAUACUAAUUUAAUAAUAAUAUUGAACUAUUUUUUUGCCUUUUAACAAAAUUCAAAAACACAAAUAUUAAAGCGGGCCCUCACAUUUUUCGUUUUCAGUAUGCGAGUCUGUGGAAAACGUUUGGACACCCCCGUCCCAAAAAGACCAAAUCAAUGUGAAACAAACACAAACCGUAAGUAUUUGCUUUGGUCGUAUUCGCAGCACAUCAGAAAAGAGGCAAAAAUGUCCGUCACUGUUUUUCGAAGUCGUAGCUGAUGCGUGCGAAUCUCUCCUUUGGCCGAAAACACAAACAUCAUUAUUGUGUGCUUUCACGGAUGGACGAAGGAAAUGAAAACAAUAUUCACAUUUGGGAGGCUGAAAUCUGAGGAUAUUUACAUUUUGAAAUGGAAACCCAUGAAUGGAAGACCAAAACAGUUGUCGGCUCAUUGGAUUGAAUAGUUGCAUCUGCAAAGUGCAGUAAAUGCGGUGGUUCCAGCUUCUAGUGCCGAAAAAUGGGACUGGAAAGGGACAUCCGUACUGUACCCAAACGAGUGUUCAUGUACCGUCACACCCCUAGUUUGACCUGACGAAAGCCAUUUCCGUUUAGUAAUAAAGUGCAUUUUCUUUGAUGUCAGGGACAAGACCUUUGUCUUUGAUGUGGCGAGCACAUAGCGUUAGCGCCCGUGAUCUCCACUCUUCCAUUCAUGGCGACGAAAUAAGAUUGCUGUUCCUUGUUGCGGGUAGUUUUAGAUUGCAAGUCUUUCAUCUUGAACCAGAUUCCGAAUCCAGUCUUUCAUGCGACAGAUUUAGUGUUAUCGAUGUCACUUCCAUUACAAACUAUUGUUGUACACCGGCCCGGGCACCCCUUGUGUUGCUGUUGGUGCCAUAGCAUAAAUGCUAACAUUGACAUUCAUGCUGUGUGAAUUAACACUGCUAUUAAAUAUAGUAUUUCUUUUCUUGAACAGUGAUGGAAAUGACAAUUUCAAAUCACGGCUAUCUGGCAAACAAAAAGCAGCGGUAGAAAAUGUUGACGUACGUUGCACUUUACAUGAAUAUUUCAAUGAAUUUGUGCCACUUUGUCUUUAAAUUCUUGACAACAAAAAAAAUCAUAGCUUUAGUUACUUCUCAGGUCGAGAUUGUGCUGAAAUUAACAUGCAUUUUUUAAAAAUACAGUGGAACCUCGAUUAGCAUCCGCCCUGGUUAGCAGGUUUUUUGGUUAAGGUCAGCUAGCUAAACAAAAUGGCAACCGGAACCGGAAGUUACGUCGUCUGUCUAUGAUGUUGACGUUUGACUCUGAAAAAUGUCAACACAAAACAGUUAUUGCAGUUUUUGCAGUUGUAGUUCAGUUCAGUUCAGUUCUAGUACGUUUAUGGCCUUCUAGAACAGACUCAUUGGAUUCACAUUAUUUUUUUGGUAAAAACUUUGAUUCAGUUCACAGAACGAAUGAAUGACGCUAACCAAGGUUCCACUGUGUUUGUUUUUCUUUAUCUUUGGGUAUAGUUUGUCUUCUUUCAGUUGUUAAAGCGUCUUCUUAUAGAAAAGUGUCAUUCAUGCAAAUUAGGUUUAUUUAUAAGCCAUUACUGGAGAUAUUUAACCAGAUUUGACUUUUACCCUAAACUAAAGACUUGAAGCACUACUAGCCCAAGCUUUAGGUAGAGGCCAUUCAAGUACAGUCAAACCUCGGUUUUCAAACACCACAGUUUUUGUAUGAUUCGUUUUUUGCAAACAAAUUUUGCCCCAGUUUUCAGGAGGCUCAGCCAAACAGACUUUCCCAGCAGACCCUCACAAUACGUUUGGGUCUUCCAGGUCUGGCCCAAGACAGAAGUCCAAUAACAAAGCACCGCUCGGGUUCAGAUCAGGGGGGCCCGUUCCUCCCGAUCCCGGCGCUCCAGGUCUCACUGUCGCUGCCAGUGUGAGCAUCGAAGUCCUUGAGCUUCACAAGUCUGCCACCCCGUGUCCCGCUGCGUCUACGUUUUCCUGGGACGGGUCCUCCUGCCGUCGGAGGCAAACCUUUCGUGAAAAAUUCCCAACGAAAACCGAGUCAUACAAGAACGGAGUGAAACGCGAGGUUUGAGGCUAGCGUACUGUCGGAAUGGCAGCAGGGACACAUAAUUGCUAAACAUGUUUUCAGUCCAGUGGGAACCUGUGCAAUAGUUUCUUAUAUGAACCUUUACAAAGUAUUUCAAGGAAAAGCCUUCCUUCCCCUUUAACUGAUAUUUUUAUAAAGAUUGUGCUCUAUUUUAAGAAGGAGAACGUGUGUUGUACAUGGAGUCCAAACAAUAUUGUCACAUGACAUAACCCUCAUGUGAAAGUGCCAAUGAUGGAUUUGAAAUGUCCUUAUUUGGAUUUUGUAUUUAAAGAAUUGUAGGAAUACAUCAGCACUUUAACUAAUGUGUUUGAAGUGCAACAAAGUUUAUUCUAAAAUUCCACAAGCCGGGCCAGUGACUGGCACCAAAAGACCAAAUGACUUCACUUCCUGUCAACCUCAGUGUCUUCAUUUUCUCUAAAUUUGACUGAACUACGAGCCAACUCCUGUUUCUUCAUUGAUUUUAUUGGUCGCAUGUGCCACUCCUGACUUUCACACAUCCACUGCUGUUUCAUUUCACGUUCUUACAGGUCACUACUCCCUUGUUCAUGUCACUUGUCAUAAUAAAGUCCCUUUCAAAUCAAA